GGGAAACCCGGGGCGGCGGCGGCGGCCUGGGCGCGUGCGCGAGGUCUCCGCGUGGCUAUAUAAACAUGGCUGGCGUGGCCGCGCGGUGGGGCCGUGCCAAGCGCGCGUAGGGGGCUAUGGGCGCUACGGGUUCGUAGUUUUGAAAUUUCUGGCGGGGGAGCAGCUGCACAGUUAGGCUCGAGGUGUGAGCGACGACCUUCCGGGAGCCGCACGUCCAGGCUCCCCUGCAGCGGGACCCGAGCCUGAGGCGCCGGGCUGAGGCAGCGCACGUGUGAGCGCCGCUGAGGAAGCUGCGAGAGGUCGGGCGGGUGUCGCUCCGGGGGCAGUCCAGGCUCGCGCGGACGGGAGAAAGAUCCGGGACGUGCGUGUCCUGCGGUGCAGCCGGCGCCCGUCACUGACUUAGCUGCUGCGGCCCCCGCGCCUCUCCCCAGCGAUGCUGUGGAGCCCGAACCGCACCAGAGUCGGCUGCCGCGCGCCAAGCCUCCCCUCCCCUCUGCUCCCGGAACCGCAGCGCCGCAGCUGCCGCUGAGCCCCUGGGGGAUGCCCGCCGGCCUCACCGAACCCGCCGGCGCCGCUCCCCCGGCUGCUGUGAGCGCCUCGGGGACCGUGACCAUGGCCCCAGCCGGGGCGCUGCCGGUGCGGGUGGAGAGCACUCCGGUGGCCCUGGGCGCCGUGACUAAGGCUCCUGUCAGCGUCUGCGUGGAGCCCACGGCGUCCCAGCCCCUGCGGUCCCCCGUGGGGACCCUGAUGACCAAAGUGGCUCCGGUCAGCGCCCCUCCUAAACUCAGCAGCGGCCCUAGGCUGCCUGCUCCUCAGAUAGUCGCCGUGAAAGCCCCCAACACCACGACAAUCCAGUUUCCUGCUAAUUUGCAGCUUCCUCCAGGAACUGUUUUGAUUAAAAGUAACAGUGGUCAGUUGAUGUUGGUAUCUCCUCAGCAAACUGUAACAAGAGCCGAGACCACAAGUAACAUAACCUCAAGGCCGGCAGUACCAGCGAAUCCUCAAACAGUCAAAAUCUGUACAGUGCCGAACUCUAGUGCACAGUUAAUCAAGAAAGUGGCAGUGACACCUGUUAAAAAAUUGGCACAAAUAGGAACUACUGUGGUAACCACUGUUCCGAAGCCUUCCUCAGUACAAUCUGUGGCUGUGCCAACCAGUGUCGUCACAGUUACUCCUGGAAAGCCAUUGAAUACUGUUACUACCCUGAAGCCUUCAAGUUUGGGAGCAUCAUCCACUCCCUCAAAUGAGCCCAAUCUUAACGCAGAGAACUCAGCAGCUGUUCAGAUUAAUCUUUCUCCGACAAUGCUAGAAAAUGUGAAGAAAUGCAAGAACUUCCUUGCAAUGUUAAUAAAACUAGCAUGUAGUGGAUCACAGUCCCCAGAAAUGGGGCAAAAUGUGAAGAAGCUGGUGGAACAACUUUUGGAUGCAAAAAUCGAAGCAGAAGAAUUUACUAGGAAACUGUAUGUUGAACUCAAGUCUUCACCUCAGCCUCACCUGGUUCCUUUUCUUAAGAAAAGCGUGGUUGCCUUACGACAACUUCUGCCUAACUCCCAGAGCUUCAUCCAGCAAUGUGUUCAGCAGACUUCUAGUGACAUAGUCAUUGCUACCUGUACUACAACAGUAACAACUUCUCCUGUGGUAACAACAACAGUGUCCUCAAGCCAGUCUGAAAAAUCAAUUAUUGUUUCUGGAGCAACAGUACCCAGAACUGUGUCAGUGCAAACUUUGAACCCACUUGCUGGUCCAGUGGGAGCAAAAGCUGGAGUUGUGACACUUCAUUCUGUGGGCCCAGCUGCUGCAACAGGAGGAACAACAGCUGGAACUGUUUUGCUUCAGACUUCAAAACCACUUGUGACAUCUGUAGCAAACACAGUGACCACGGUGUCACUGCAACCUGAAAAGCCAGUUGUCUCUGGAACAGCAGUAACACUGUCUCUUCCAGCAGUAACUUUUGGAGAAACUUCAGGUGCAGCUAUUUGUCUUCCAUCUGUGAAACCUGUUGUUACUUCUGCUGGGACCACAUCUGACAAGCCUGUUAUUGGGACUCCAAUUCAAAUCAAACUUGCCCAGCCAGGCCCUGUCCUUUCACAACCAGCUGGGAUUCCACAGGCGGUUCAAGUCAAGCAACUAGUAGUUCAGCAGCCUUCAGGAGGCAAUGAAAAACAAGUGACCACAAUUUCACAUUCCUCAGCAUUGACCAUUCAGAAAUGUGGACAGAAGACGAUGUCAGUGAACACCGUAAUACCUACUAGUCAGUUUCCUCCAGCUUCCAUUCUAAAGCAAAUUACUCUGCCUGGAAAUAAAAUUCUGUCGCUUCAAGCAUCUCCUACUCAGAAAAAUAAAAUAAAAGAGAAUGGAACAUCAUGCUUCCGAGAUGAAGAUGACAUCAAUGAUGUGACUUCUAUGGCAGGGGUCAACCUUAAUGAAGAAAAUGCCUGCAUCUUAGCAACAAACUCUGAAUUGGUUGGCACACUCAUUCAGUCAUGUAAAGAUGAACCAUUUCUUUUUAUUGGAGCUCUACAAAAGAGAAUUUUAGACAUUGGUAAAAAGCAUGACAUUACAGAACUUAACUCUGAUGCUGUGAACUUGAUCUCCCAAGCAACACAGGAACGGCUACGAGGCCUUCUAGAAAAACUGACUACAAUUGCUCAGCAUCGAAUGACUACUUACAAGGCAAGUGAAAAUUACAUCCUGUGUAGUGAUACCAGGUCACAGCUCAAAUUUCUUGAAAAGCUGGAUCAAUUGGAGAAGCAGAGAAAGGAUUUAGAAGAAAGAGAAAUGUUACUUAAGGCAGCCAAGAGUCGUUCUAAUAAAGAAGAUCCAGAACAGCUGAGAUUAAAGCAGAAAGCCAAAGAGUUACAGCAGUUGGAACUUGCACAGAUACAGCAUAGAGAUGCUAAUCUCACAGCUCUUGCAGCUAUUGGACCAAGGAAGAAGAGACCACUAGAAUCUGGAAUUGAGAUUUGCGUUAAGACCUUUAAAGAGGGAAAGUCUGGCCUGCAAUCACUGGAAAGAAUGGAGCAAAGUAGAGCCUGGAAAUGGAGAAACCAGUUCAGAGGCUAUUGCCAUGCUGCAGGGCUUAAAAGACAACCUUCUUGCUUCUGGGACAUCCAGCCUGACAGCCACCAAACAGUUGCAUCGUCCAAGAAUCACGAGAAUCUGCCUCAGGGACUUGAUAUUUUGUAUGGAACAGGAACGGGAGAUGAAGUAUUCUCGAGCUCUAUACCUGGCCCUUCUUAAGUGACCACUCCACUCUUCCAUCCAGAUCCUUGCUAUUUACUGCCAAAGAAGACACAAAGAGCAUUGUUGCACUGUCCUGAAAUUUCAAUUUCUGGAAAAUAAUCACCAACAUGAAAGAGCAUUGUUUACAGUUAGAAACUUUAUUAACUCUUACCUAUCCAUCUCAUGGGGCUCUUACAGACUCAAAUUCAUCUUUGUCUUCUGAAAAUCAGUUAUGAAAUACACUUUGCACAGAAUUAGGCAUCUGCCCGUCUGUGCAUUAAAUUAAAGCAAGUCAAGGCCCUGUUUGUUACUGCCUGCCUCAUUUGCCAGAUUGUAGCAGGUGAGGUGUCUUUCCCUAAUACAGCAUGCAUUGAGAUGCGGGAGAAAGGAAGAGGCAUAAGAAAAUACAAGAAUGACUAUUUCAUUCUAUAUUGAACCCGUCCCAAAAUGGUAGGUUUUCUGGGCUGGAAUCAGAAGUUGCUUAGCUAACUAUGACAGUCACCUUCUGUACAUGACAGGCCACAGAGUAGGGCCUGUGGUGACUUUGGUCGGCUGAGUUCCAAUGUUGUCAAAACAAGACAAAUGGGGAUAGAUUGUGCCUGGGGUUGCUAAUUCUCUGCUUCAUAUCACCGUAUGCUGUUUCUGGUACCAAGUGAGGGGACAUCCUUGUCAGGGAAACCUUAAAGUUGAGUCUACUGAUAUAUCUUGUUGAAAAAAUGGAAAAGGUGCAAAGUAUUAGAAGGAACGUUAGGGCGUUGCUUUCAAACUGAUGAGGGGAAUGUGAAAAUGGUAUCAUAAAACAGGAAAUGUGCUUCAUACGCCCAAGAAGGGAAGAGGUAGAAUCGGAACUCCAAAACAACUGGUACAUGUUUUGUUGAUGGGCAAAAAAAAUCACAGCACAACCAGAAAGGAGAAUGUACCAGAUGUUUUCAAAUUAGAGUAUUUCAAAAAGAAAAUAUUAUUUUUUGUUUUGUAUUGUUUUAAAUCCCAAGAAGGAUAGUUUUUGUAGUUCCUUCUGUCAUAGUAUCUUUUAGUUAUCCUAAGUUUUAAGCGUGUUGGCACAUUUAAAAAAUCCUAAUUGAUGAUGAGAAAUUUUUAACAAUAAGACUUAUGUUGGAUUCUGUCCUUAAAAGGUACUGUCAAUAUUUCAUUCUUGGGGAUAUGAGCUCUAAAUAUGAGAAGCAAGUUAUAUGUGUUCACCUGCGGAAGAAGCUGACGGACAAAGCAAACCCUCUUUAAAAAAAAAAAAAGAAAAGAAAAUUCCACAUGUGUGGAAUACAGCUGAUGAAAAAUAAUCACUGUAGUUAGAAUCACAUAUAGAAAAAAAUGAUUGAAUCCUCCAAGAAGGUAUUUCAAAAAUGAGAAAUGCUAUACUUAUAAGAAUUUGGAGGAAGAAAAACCACCUCACGUAUGUUCUUCUUCAUCCUGUUCUUCACAUUGGGAAUGUUAUGGCCAUAUUCUACACUAUAGUAAAUUUUAAAUUGGCCACAUUUUUUUUGUUUCAGCAAGUUAUGUAAAAUGCUGUAAAUUAUGUGUAUGUUAAAGGAGUACUUUAAGAAGAGAUCUUUAUCCAAAGUUGUUUUUGUAUAUUUAAAUGCUUACCUUUAUUUUUUGUAAAGUGCAGCAUACUCAUUUGUGUAUAAUCUUACUGAUCAGAUGUUUAAAAUUAUUUCAAAUACUUCAUUAAAAUAAUUAUUUUAUUAUAAGAA